GCGCACUAUUCACGCAGCAUCGACCGUUGGACCCACAUUUGACACACAUAUAUAUAUAUAUAUAUUUAUAUAUACGUAUACACACACAUAAAUAUAUAUAUAUAUAUAUAUAUAUACGCGUGUCUUCGCGUGCGGACGCGUGCACACACUCGCAUUCCACAUUUACACAGACGCGGGGGCGCGCGCGUCUUUAACCCUUUCGCGCGUAGAAAUAAAUAAAUAAGUAACAAGUGGAUAUAUAAUUGGUGAAUUGUGGGUACGAGUGUUGAUAAGGAUCGAUUGAUUUUUUUUUUUGCGAAGGGGAGGAAGAUUGUGAGGAAAGGAUGAUUGUGAUCCGAUGGUGAGUCGAGGAGGAAGAAGAGGAAGAAGUGAAUGUUUGUAGUAUAUGUGCAAAAAGGGAAGAUCCUGUUGAAGAGGAAUUUUUUAGAAUACAAAUUUGACAAUUCGAAUAUUUGAGGGGGGGAAAAAUUGGAAGGUCGAGGGAGAAGGAAGAUCGUGACCGAUUGGGAGAGAAGGAAGAUUCGUGGAAAAGGAGAGUCCAUUGAGAGAAAGAAAAAUUGUGAAGUAGUGUAGAGAAUCCAUGGAAGAAAAGAGAAGAUAUUGAAGGAGAGAGAAUUUGUUGAAGAGAAGCAAAACAUUUAUAUAAUUUCUAAAGGAAAGAAGGAGAAUUGUGAACAAUUCUAUCAAAGAGAAAACAGAUAAGAGUGUGAAGAUAAAGUGCAAAGUUAAGAGAGCUUUAUCCAUUUGAGUUUCUAAACGAUUCGAGACAUUGAUCAAUAAAAAAGGAUUAGGACUCAAUUUUUUCUUGGAUCUGUCCAGAAGAGAUUAGAAAUUGAAAUAAUAUUGAGGCCGAUACGCGAACGUGGAAAGGACUGUUGGUAUUUUCCUUGAGAAGAACGACGUCGUUUUCGUUGGUGAACAGAAAUGGCGUCGGCGGCAGCGGAAUUGGUGGUGGAGAGGGAAUUGGAAUCGAGAAUCGAGAUGGCGGAUACGAAUCGAACGUUCGUAGGUGCCCAAGGGCUGGUCAAGAUGGCGUUAGAUCAGUACACGGAAAUCCUCACUACGGUUUCCGAUCCGCGGGUCAGUGACUGGCCUUUGAUGGACUCGCCGAUACCAACGUUUCUCAUCGUCCUUCUCUAUUUGUAUGGAGUGACGAUAUUGGGUCCACGUGUGAUGGCGAAUAGGAAACCGUUCAAGCUGAGGGGGACCUUGGUCGCGUAUAAUGCGUUCCAAGUGAUCUUCUCGUUGGGAAUGCUCUACGAGCACUUGAUGUCCGGUUGGUUGUUAGACUACAGUUACAAGUGUCAACCGGUCGAUUACUCCCAUAAUCCGUCCGCGCUACGAAUGGCUAAUUUAUGUUGGUGGUACUUCAUCAGCAAAUUCACAGAAUUCGCUGACACGAUAUUUUUCGUUCUGCGCAAGAAGGAGAGUCAGGUGACAUUUUUGCAUUUGUAUCAUCACUCAUUGACUCCUCUAGAGACAUGGAUCUGCGUGAAAUUCAUUCCUGGGGGACAUGGUACUUUGGGAAAUCUUAUAAAUAACGCGGUGCAUGUAAUAAUGUACCUCUACUACAUGGUAUCUGCUAUGGGACCAGAAUAUCAAAAAUACUUAUGGUGGAAGAAACAUCUCACUACCGUACAAUUGGUACAAUUCUUUCUGGUGUUCGUACACAGCGCCCAAGCUUUGGUAUUCGAUUGCGGCUAUCCAAAACUGGUAGCGGCACUUUUACUGCUUCAUUCUACAAUCUUCUUCGUCCUCUUCUCAGAUUUCUAUCGACGAGCGUACAAUAACGACAGAACGAUGAAGGAACUGAAGAACGAUUAAACACGAUGGACAUUAUUAUCCCAAAUUUACCUCCGAUACGUUCCAAUACAUCGAUCUUUUGGUCACACAUAUAUGUUCGAUUAUCACGAAUCGAUUAUCAAAAAAAUUUUCAAAUUUUUGUAAAUUAUUAUUUAAUUAUUGUUAAAAUUUUGUAUCUUCAAAAAAUAUAAAAAAAAUUUUCGUAUUUUUUUUUGCAAAAGAAUAUAAAUAAUAUAAAAAAAUAUUUAAGAAAGAUCGAUUCAUGAAUUCGACCAUUUGAAAGAUCGAAGUGAUUAUUCGAUCGGAAUAGAGCUUAUAGAUUCCUUCCGUAUGGAAGAAAAUUAUAUAUUUUACAUAUUAUCUUAUAUCCUCCGCAGGAUAUCUCAGGUCUCGCAAAAAGCUCAGACCAGGGCUUCCAAAGCACUUACUUUUAAGAAAACUGACCGAUUGUGUAUUCAAGGUUAUCAAUGAAAUUUAUAUUUUUGUUAAGAAAAAUGAAUUAAAGCUUUCACUAAAAGCAAUCAAGUUUAAUUCAUUUUAUAAUACAUAUUCAUAUGAAAAAGUAGGUAUAUGAAAAUUCAAAAAAAAAAUAUAUAUAUAUAUAUAUACAUAAUUCGAUACAUCGAUCGGUCCUUAGUAUCGUUAAUUUAUUUUAAUGCACUUUUUACUUGUCGCCGGAUUUGUAAUUAAGAUUACUGUAAAUAUAAUUAGUUUUAGUAAGCACCGCAAGAUCAUCAUCACGGUUUUAUUUAAUAUAUUACUUGUUUGAGCUAUUUGUUUUGAAUGAUAAAUAUAUGUAAAAAUUAAUUGUUAUCUAUUUUUCAGAAGAAAAAGAAAAAGAUUAAUUUCUUUGAAAAAAAAUACUUAAUUUAAUAAAAAUUCUAAUGUAUGUAAUUAUAA